AUGCCACCCGCCGACUACGACGCACUCAGCGACGGCUCCGACCUCACAGGCGACAGCGCUUCCGACAUGCACGACUCGGACGACGCAGCAUCUGCUCCGCGCACCCCACGAAAACGACGCCGGCCCGCCGCGCGGACGAUCGACUCUGGCGACGAGGAUGAAGUCGCUGAUGAGCUUGAGGAAGACGAGGAUGAGCUCGAGGACGACGAUGACUACGAUGCGCCGUCCACCUCUCGUCGAGGAGCAACACGCACCUCGGGACGUCCAUCUCGAGCAGCCACCACACCCAAACGUGCCGCUCGCACGUCAACCCGCACCACCGCAGCAGCAACACCAGCGAGCACCGGUAAGAAGAUUCUGCGUGUCAAACUCACGCGCACCCCUCAAGCACCGAAAGAAACCUCGCCGGCGCCGUCCAAGACCCGCACCACCCCGACCACCACCGCCGUCGCUCCCGCGGCACGUCGCGCCAAAGACGCCUCGAAAGUCAAAUGGAAGCCUCGUGCCAAGGGCAAGUCUGCAGCCUCUGAUUCGGAGGACGAGAUCCCGGUCCCUGCAUCGGACGACGAGCUGCUUGACUCGGACGAUCCAUCUCGCGCAGCUACGGUGGAUCCGGAUGCCAUGUCGGGCGAUGACUCGGACGCCUCCGAACCCGACGAGGCCACUGCGGCCGAAAUGGCCGCCAUCAUGGGCAAAACCGCCCGUCAACUCGCCCGCGAAGGCGGGGUCGAAUCGGAGCAUCUCGAACUCCCCAUGUUCGACCCCAACCGGAAGAAGAAGUUGACCGAAAACGAGAUUGCCCUGCGUCGAAGCGAGACGGCGCGAAAGAGGAAGAAUCAGGUCGAGAAGAAGUUGGAGGAUGAUAAGGUGGAGACGAUCAAUCGGUUGCUCAAGAAGCAGGUCGGGAGGAGUCGCAAUAAGCUGCCGAAAGCAGGGGAGGAGGAGUCGGAUGAAGAGGUGGCUCAGGCCAAGAAGAGAGGCAGGGAGGAGUUGGACAGGAAGGCAUUGAAGGAGAUGCCCGCGCCGUUUUUCAGGUAUGUCGAUCGGGUGGAUGGGAAGGUGCUGGCGGUGCCGACCGGACCUGCGCUAGUCGAGGAGGUGUUAGGGGCGAACUAUGUCGAUGUCAAUCAGGCGCUAAUACAGGAGCUCGAGACGCCCAUCGAGGUGGAAGGCUUGUCAGAGAAGGCAAAGGCGUAUGAGGAGAAGGUCAGGCAGCGAUUGGCAGAGCAGGGCGAGCAGUGGAAGCAGGACCACGCUUUGGAUGAAGUGUGGGGUCGGGAAGGCUUGUACGAGUACAAGCUGCGCACCGUUCUCAACCAGUCGAGGAGAGAUUGGAUUGGUUCAAGGAAGGCUCCCACGCCUGAGCAGGAAACGCAGCCGGAAGACGUGGAGGCCGCAGACGAUGCAGAGGAGCAGGACGAUGAAGGCGAUGAGGACGCGGCAGACGACGCCGAGGACGACCAAGACCAGGAUGAUGACGAUGAUGAUUCCUAG